AGAGGGUCCUGAUAGACCAUGUCCGGGCGCCCAUUCCGCGGUGGCCGGCGCGGCGGCGGAUUCUUUCCAGAGCCCCGUACCGCGGUCGUGGCCGGGGUUUUAGGGGAGGUGGAUCGUACGAGGGACGGGGUCGGGGUCGAGGUAGGGGCGGCUACGGGUACAACAAACGCUACGACGACGAUCGGGAUCGAGACAGGUACAGCCGGGACCGCUACUACUCGAGAUCGCGCCCGUUCCCGGUCUCGAUCGCGGUCGCGGUCUCGCUCGAGGUCUUACUCCAGGUCGCGGUCCCGCUCCCGUUCUCGCUCCAAGACUCCGCAGACGCAGAGGGAGUCCAGGGCCCGAAAGAUUCCCACCAAGAAGGAGCUGCAGGAAAUUGCGGCAGCUGUCACGAAGUCGAUAGUGCAGGAUAAAGAACAGCGGAUAAGGUCAAAGACGCCUGUGCGGACACGAUCCGCUUUGUGGAUUCGCCACCAGCGUGGCCAGUACUCGCGGAGCUUGAGCCCCGUCCGAGGAGAUGGGGGGGGCAGUCCGUACUCCUCUUCAAGGGACUAUCCUGUGACCAGGCCCAAGACCCCAUCGCUCAAGCAGAAAGAUUCAUCAGGGAUGGAGGCUUCAGGACUCAAUCAGCUGGACCUCAUUUACGCCACAAGAACUGGCAUUCUAAGUGUGUAG